AUUACCAAUAAUGUUUACCAGAGAAACAUCAUUCUUCGAUUUCAAUCAAAAUCUAGAGAAGGAGGAGUAUUUCGGAGAUAUCCUUUUUGAAAAUACUCUUGAGAACGAAGCCUUAUCCUUAGACCAGAUCGAUUACUUUGAGACUCCAACAGUUCAAAUCUGUCAGAAAGAAGUAUCAAUCACGAGCCCUUUGAUGAUAGAGAGGGAAGAUGUGCUUAAUGAUUUCAAUAAAUUCUACAAGAAGCAGGUGUCCCAGGUCUCAUCUGCCCUUUAUUCGACUCAUGGGGCUUAUAAUCAAGAGCAAGGUUUCGAGAAAUCAUGCAUUUCUGUUAACAAAGAAAAAUUAGAUUCUAAAUUUGAUACCCAAGCCAACUUAGAUUCGAAGACACUCUUCAAUUCUGGUCUGACUCCGAAAUACGAAAGUGAAAUUCUAAGCGAUAAGGUCAAAUUCUCAGCAAGGAGGAGGUUUAACAAAUCUCAUGAUAGAGAAAUGUUCAAGAGAUUGAUCGAGCUUUGCAAAGAAUGACAGGUUCAAGUUUCAGAUUUUUGGAGUUCAGCCACUAUCCUUUCAUCUGAAUUAUGGGGUAUCCUUGAAAGAAUAGCAGCUGAGAUCUCUUGGAGCCCAUCCAAGCUAGACCAGCUCCUCACAAGAAUCAAGAAGAUCGGCAAGAAUCCAGACAAAUUCUCAGCAAGGGAUAACAAGUUGCUUAGAAAACUAGUGAAUCAGCAGAAAAGAAAUGGAUAUAUUGACUACCAAGAGGUUUUGUAUUACUUCCCAGGGAAAUCACUUGAGACCAUAAAGAAAAAGUAUGGAGAGAAGUGGUCCCCAGUCCCUCAUAAACUAUCCUAACCUACCAUUUUAUAUAAAAUUACUUCAUUAUAAUAUCUGUAUG